AUGGGUACCCCUUCAGGUGCAAAUUUCCACCAGCAUCCACCCUCAACAAUGCUACCCCCUCGUCAGCACCCGAGGUCUGUAGGGCUGCAGACCUCCUUAUCACUGGCUUCAUCGGAUGCUGGUGGGUCCCCUGGUGUCCAGGAACCUGGAUCGAAUUUUGACCAAGGGAAUGACUCUGCCACUGAGAGCGCCAGCUCUCGCGAGACCUGGCCUGUUGAGACCAACUGUUCCGAUGCCAUGAUGGUGAAGAAAGUAGACAAGGAAGAAAAAGAAUGCCUUGAACCACAGGUCAUUCGGAGGGUUUCCAGAGCAGAUAAGUUAUCACUCCGUGAAAUUGCUCGAGAAAGAGUGGAGGUGAUCUCUGACAAAAUGAUGGUUAUGCCAGAUGAACUUCUUGAGGAGAUUAAGAGUGAGCUCCGCUUGAUCCUUGAGGCUACAGGGGGAUCUCAGCAUAUAGAAGAAUUCUUGCAUCUGCAAAAGCUUGUCCAAGGGAGAGUUGACUUGACAGCUAAGACCCUUGACAGGGCACACAGAGUGCAGUUGGAGAUUUUUGUUGCAAUCAAAACAGGAAUUCAGGCCUUUCUGCAUCCAAGUGUCAGCAUACCACAGAGUCUCCUGGUUGAGAUUUUCUUGUACAAGAGGUGUAGAAACAUUGCCUGUCAAAGUGCUCUACCUGCGGAUGACUGCAGCUGUGAGAUUUGCACUAAUAGGAAUGGUUUCUGUAACCUUUGCAUGUGUGUUAUCUGCAAUAAAUUUGAUUUUGAGGUCAACACAUGCCGCUGGAUUGGGUGUGAUAUGUGCUCCCAUUGGACCCACACAGAUUGUGCUAUCCGUGUUGGGCAAAUUGGAACAGGACAGUCCGUUAAAAGUGGAGUGGGGAAUGCUGAGAUGCUUUUCAGGUGCCAAGCUUGCAACAGGGCAUCGGAGUUGUUAGGGUGGGUUAAGGAUGUGUUUCAACACUGUGCUCCUGGAUGGGACCGGGAGGCUUUGAUGAGAGAACUUGAUUUUGUUAGCAAGAUUUUUUGUUUGAGCGAGGACCCUAAAGGGAGGAAACUGUACUGGAAGUGUGGGGAUCUCAUUGAAAAGAUGAAGAGUGGUGCUACUGAGUCCACAGCUUGCAGAAUGCUGCUUCUGUUUCUCCAAGAGCUUGAGAUAGAUACAACAAAAAAUUCUGAAACCGAAGAUGCUGGGCAUCUGAUUUCGCCACAAGAGGCUUGCAACCGAAUUGCAGAGGUGGUCCAAGAAGCAGUGAGAAAGAUGGAGAUGGUGGCAGAGGAGAAAAUGCGCAUGUUUAAACGAGCCCGUCUUGCUCUGGAGGCCUGCGACCGUGAGCUAGAGGAGAAGGCCAGAGAAGUUGCAGAAUUCAAGAUGGAAAGGCAAAGGAAGAAGCAGCAGGUAGACGAGCUCGAGAGUAUAGUGAGACUAAAGCAGGCUGAGGCCGAGAUGUUCCAGCUCAAGGCCACCGAGGCCAGGCAGGAGGCUGAGAGGCUGCAGAGCAUAGCUCUCGCCAAAUCAGAGAAAGCUGAGCAGGACUAUGCUAGUUUGUACCUAAAGCGUCGAUUAGAUGAAGCAGAAGCUGAGAAACAAUAUCUAUUUGAGAAGAUAAAGCUUCAGGAGUCCCAACGGGCUCCACAGGGGAGCAGCAGCGGUGGUGGUGACUCCUCACAAAUGUUGAUGUACUGCAAAAUCCAGGACUUGCUGAAGAAUGUGUACAAUGUGCCUGGCAAAUCUGAAGGGCAACAAUCAAAAUGACCACCUUGCUCUCUGUUCAUCGUCUAGUAGCAUCAAGUCGUCGUAAUGCAUGACUAGGACCAUUCUAUUGAUCUGCUGAUAGCAGUUUGUAGUGUCAGUUCCAAUGUCUGUGCAAAACAACCUUCAUGUCCCUUUACUAUGUUUAUGUAUGUUUUAAUGUGGAUUACCAUUUUUGCUUUUCCAUUUUGGGAAUGCUCUUCAUUGUGUCUAGGGGCACAUCUUUUUUUCUAUUUUAAAUAUAUUUAUUAUCGAUAUGAGAUAA